UAAACAUUGAUUCAGACCGUUGAGUCGGCCUUCCAAAUCGGAAAGUAGAGACCUUUUGCUUCAGUGUCUCUCUGGUCUCUGCAAAUUUAAUCCCUCACGAGAAACGCCCUCGCUGUCUCUCUCUCUCUCUCCCCCUUCCCCCCCUCUCUCUCUCUCGAGGCUCCUUCAAUGGCGAGGAGGGAUGGUGCUUGGUCCGCCGUUCCGUUGGGGGGUAAAACCCUAACCCUAAUUCGCCACAGACCCUAAAAUCUCGAUGGACGAAGCGAGGUUCGUGUUGCCGUCGAGAGAAAACCCUAGAACCCUGGGGUUCGCGUCUCCCAGUAGUUACAACAGCGCCGACUCCACUAGCAACAAGGCCAUGUCCAAUGACUUUGUGCAGAAGCCUCUCCCCACGAUUCUUGAGCGCUUUAGGGGUUUGUUGAAGGAUAGGGAAGAGGGCAUGAAGAUUUCCGACGAUGACUACGUCCCGCCGCCUGGUACAGACGAAAUUGUGCGGCUCUAUGAACUCGUAUUGUCUGAACUUACGUUCAAUUCCAAGCCCCUUAUCACGGAUCUCACGAUCAUCGCCGGUGAGCAGAGGGAGCACGGCGAGGGCAUUGCGGACGCAAUUUGUGCUCGGAUUAUUGAGGUCCCAGGUGAGCAGAAACUGCCUUCUUUAUAUUUAUUGGACAGUAUUGUCAAAAACAUUGGCCGGGAAUAUGUUAGGCACUUCUCUACCCGUCUGCCCGAGGUUUUCUGUGAGGCAUAUAGACAAGUUAAUCCUAACUUACACCCUGCUAUGCGCCACCUCUUUGGCACCUGGUCAGCCGUGUUUCCUCAAUCCACUCUUCGCAAGAUUGAAGCUAAACUGCAGUUUUCUCCAGCAGUAAACCAUCAAUCAUCUGGCAUUACAUCUUUGAAGGCAUCUGAAUCUCCUCGACCAGCUCAUGGCAUACAUGUGAAUCCAAAAUACUUGGAAGCAAGACGUCAGUUUGAGCAGUCUCCUGCUGAUAGUAGCAUUCAGCAUCCAAAAGGAACUUCAAAAUUAAAGGUUUAUGCACAGAAACCUGCCAUUGGAUAUGAUUAUGACUCUGAUCGUGUAGAGGUUACAUCCUCACUGGUUGGUGUCCAACAAUCGAACUCAACAGGAGGUACUGGCCGGACAUCUUUUGCCCUUGGGGCUGAUAAGCCAUUUCCAUCUUCAUCUGCUAGAAUUGCAAGACCCUCUCCUUCAAGAAUUGGGAUUUCUGGGUCUUUAUCACCUCGGGUUGAUGAAUUACCUGUAGGUAAUUCUCCGAGAGGAGUUGUUGAAGGAGUUUCUCCAUCCCAUCCUGGGUAUGAUUUCGGACUUGGCAGAAUAAUGGGCAGAGAUGAAGAGUCAAAGGAAUGGCGGAGAAGACACUGGUCUGAUGAUACUCGUCAUCGAUUUGAAACUUCUGCUUUCAACCAUAGCAAUGGACGUGAGCUCCAAGGACCUAGAGCUUUAAUAGAUGCUUAUGGAAAUGACAGAAGGGAAAGAAUUUUGAAUGAUAAGCCUCUGAAGGUUCAACGGCUGGAGGUGAAUGGCAUAAGCAGUAAGGUGCCGAUGAGAACCUGGCAAAAUACUGAAGAGGAAGAGUAUGACUGGGAAGAUAUGAGCCCAACCCUAGCAGAUCGGAGUAGGAGUAAUGAUCUUCCCUCAUCCUCUGUUCCAGAUCUUGUAAAUUUUAGGACAAGACCUGGCUUAGGAGCGCUUGGUGCUGCACCCUUGGAAUUGGAUUUCAGGAGGAGGAAUUGGUCUAGUCAUGCUCAGCUGCCAUCAGUGGAUAAUUCUUUAAAAUUUGAUGAAGGUUCAGUUUCCAAUGUGGGGUCUAGCCGUGGUUCAGUGAGCAGGUCAUCUGGAUUCCAAAAUGAAAGAAAUCAGAUCCAAGGUUCUCGCUAUCCCCAGGAAGCCUGGAAUAUGCUGCACAAUGGCCCUCGGUUGUCACAACAUAGCCUUAAUUCUGAAAGAAGAGGAUUCCAGAUACCUGUUUCAGCAAGUGGAAUAUCUUCAGUAGCUGGUGAGAAAAUGCCUGUGGGUGCUGAUAAUUUUGCAGAUUCUGAUGCAGAACUUCAUACACUGUCAACCUUUGCAUCAAGAACGGGUUCUUCAAGUCUCAACUCUAUGAAUCUGGAGACUCAUUCUGCUGUUGUACCAUCAUCAACGGGCAUAUGGCCUCCUGUAAAUGUGCAUAAAUCUUACCCACCCCCCAUGUUACCCGUUUUUCCACAGCAGAAGCAGAUUAGGAGUCGUUCUGAUUUGAUGAAUUCUACCAGCACAGUUGUGAAUCAUGGUCCAGAAAAGUAUGUGUUUUUGCCUGAUCAACGGUUGGUUAGUGUAGAGAAUAAGGCCCUGAGUUCAACCAAAUUGCCCCCUUUGCCUAACCGGCAAGCUGGAUUGAUUCCUUUUAGUCAGCCCAACCCGCAUGUUAGUAAUUUGCAACCGCAAGUUAUCCUCUCUCAGGAGUCUCAAGAAAAUUUUGUUUCAACUGUUGCAGCUUCGGUACCAUCUCAUUUAGGGUCAUCACCUAUGAUUCAUGGAUAUACCUCUCAAGGGCCUGGUGUGGCUACAAGUGCUGCUUUGUUGAACCAACUGCAUCAUGUCCGUUCUUCAGUACCAUUCCAGAAUAUACCAAACAGCUCUUUACAUUUACAAGGGGGAACCUUGCCCCCUCUGCCCCCAGGUCCCCCUCCUGCCUCAUCUCCAAUGGUACCUUUGUCUCAGGGUCCCAUCAUCAAUAGUCAACCUCCCGGUGGUGCAUUUUCAGGUCUGAUUAGUUCUCUUGUGGCCCAGGGGUUGAUCUCAUUAACAGCACAAGCCCCUACACAGGAUUCUGUUGGAGUUGAGUUUAACCCUGAUAUUCUUAAGAUUCGUCAUGAAUCUGCAAUAAAGGCUCUAUAUGCUGAUCUACCAAGGCAAUGCACAACGUGUGGCCUUCGAUUCAAGUGUCAAGAGGAGCACAGUAGUCAUAUGGAUUGGCAUGUGACCAAGAAUCGCAUAUCCAAGAACCGUAAGCAAAAACCUUCUCGUAAGUGGUUUGUUAGUGCCAGCAUGUGGCUAAGUGGUGCAGAGACAUUGGGAACUGAUGCUGUACCUGGGUUUUUGCCUGCUGAGACUGUAAUGGAAAAAAAGGAUGAUGAGGAAAUGGCUGUCCCUGCUGAUGAGGAUCAGAAUGUUUGUGCGUUGUGUGGGGAGCCUUUUGAUGAUUUUUAUUGUGAUGAGACUGAUGAAUGGAUGUAUAAAGGUGCUAUCUACAUGAAUGCACCCAGUGGAAUAACUGCAGGCAUGGAUAGGUCUCAGUUAGGUCCAAUAGUGCAUGCUAAAUGCAGGUCCGAGUCCAGUGCAGUUUCCCCUGAAGAUUUUGUGCAGGAUGAAAGGGGAAGUACUGAAGAGGGUAGUCAAAGAAAGCAGAUGCGGGAUUAGCUUAAUUAGACCGGCUUUUAUCUCCAUUGUAACUUAAAUUUGAGUUUUAUCUUGUUAAUGGUAGUCACACACUUAGUUUUAUGGCAGUGUUGAAGCUUGCAUCACUAUGCUUCAUGCCAGAAUCAUGUACAUGUAUAGUUGCACUUGUACCAUCUUGCAGCAAAAGGUUACAAAUUCUCUUGCA